AUGAUGAUUACUAUGACAACUUCGAAAAUAACAGAGAGUUAUUGCUCCUGUAAGGCUGGAAUAAGUGGUAUUUGUUCCCAUGCAGUUGGUGUGCUGUACACCAUUGCACAUUACAAAAACAUGGGCUUGACAGAAGUGCCAUCUGCACUGGCAUGCACUAGUAUGCCACAGCAAUGGCACAAACCUAGAGGUCCCAAGAUAGUUCCUGAACCUGUUGCAGCUAUGGUAUUUGCCAAACCAAAACAAAAAUCAGGUAAAAAGAGGCCACUCCAUAGCACCAUGCCCAAGAUGAGCAUUGAUUUUGAAGAAAUUAAAAAAAAAAAGCUGAAGACUGAUCCUGCUGCUGAAGGCACACCCCUGUCUUACCUAUUACAGGAGGAACUCCAUCUUACAAAGACACCGCUGGGCAAUGUACAGGAGGGAUCAAUGCUCCCAUAUCAGUUGAAAAACUACAAGAACAUUCCGUCCAUUAAAAAUGGAACUUGCGGAAAUACUGCUUUCCCAUUGGACAGUGAGAUACCAUUUGAAAUUAACACAAAACUAAAGAACUUAAUCAACUUUACAACACAAUACAAGAGGAGGCUAUAAAGAUGGAAAGGUCAACUGUUGAUCAGUCGUCAAAUGAGGUUUGGUUUGCAGAAAGGAAUAAGCGUGUGACUGCAUCCCAAUUCCAUAAAAUAUGCAAGAGAAAAAAAGAUAUAAUAGAUAGUUUUGUUUGUAAUAUAUUUAAUCAGAAAACUUUCAUUUCAGAAGGUACCUCUUAUGAAAAAUGUCAUGAAAAUGUUGCCACACAAAAAGUGAUGGAGAAGCAUCAAAAUAUUCACAUUCACGACUGUGGGUUAGUUAUAAAUCCUUCGUUUUCAUUCCUAGCUGCUUCACCUGCUGGUAAAAUUUGUUUGGAUGGACAAACUGGAGUUUUAGAGAUAAAAUGUCCAUUUUUUGCUUGAAACCUUAUUUCAUAAGCUGUACAAUUGCCAAAUUUUUGCCUACAGGCAUCUGGUGAUUCUUACCAAUUGAAAAAAAAAUCAUG